AGCCAAACCAAAAGCUUCAUACCCGUAAUCCAUCCACAUACACAUACAGUUAGGUAUGAACUAAUGUACAUACAUACAUACGUACAUACCCCCCACUGUAGGCGAACAUAGUGCGCACCGCACUUCAGCUACAGACUUCGGGCCAGAUUUUGCACACGGCACCUCGCAACUCCUACAGACGAGCCCCGAUUCGAGAGUUUUGAUGUGUAUAAAACCGAGAGGAGCAACAACGAGUCGAUCAGUGUAACAACAUUUGGCGUUUACAAAGCUAAACUUGAGUGAUUAACAAAAUAGAGUGACUAGCUGAUAUUAGCUAAAAGAUUCAAAUUUUUUUUCAAGUGUAGAAAAAGUAUAAACAAAUUAAAACAACAAGAAUGCCUUGCCCAUGUGGAAGCGGAUGCAAAUGCGGUUCGGAGCCUAAGACUGGCAACUGCGGUUGCGGUUCGGCGUGCAAGUGUUGUCCCUGUGGAAGCGCUUGCAAAUGCGGUUCACAAUCGCAAAGUGGCAGCUGCGGUUGCGGUUCGAGCUGUAAAUGCGGCCAAUAGAGCAAUCCAUAUAUCUCAUAAGAUUCACUGAAAUAGGCGUUUUAUGUUUAAGUCAUAUAUGUACAUACAUACAUACAUAAGUAUUAUUAAUUUAGUUACAUAAGUUAAUAGCGUAAUAAUAUACAUACUUUCAUAGAAUCAGAAACAGUUGUUUAUAAAUACAUUAAUGCAAAGCUUGUGGGAUUGAUACCAAAAAUGCUAUCACAUUUCUCAUCAAUAAAUAACAAAAAGAAAAAAA